AUGACAAAAGAAAAUAAAACGAUGGAUAAGGGAGCAAUUGGAUUUGCUAUUGCGGGACUUCUUUUAGUCAUUGCGGGAAUGGCAUCACCAAAUUGGCUGCGAUACACCGGCCUUGUUGAGAAUGGGUUUAUCAAGGAUCAAGCUUUUGUUGGCCUGUGGAAAGCAGAAUUUAUUCAGCCGGGCCCGCCUAAUGAACUUUUUGAUUACUUCACUGAACUUAAAUUUUCCGAUGGAAAGGCUGAGGACCCCAAUUACGAUUGGUAUUUUGGUUCUUGGAUGAACGCUUGCAGAGCACUGGCGAUUCUGACGAUCUUAUGGGGAGCUGGAACUAUUGCCCUUCAUUUUUGGAAAAGCUUCAAAACUCAGAAUUACUUCUGGUCAAAAAUUGUCUUUUUCAACUACAUAAUUACCUCUCUUUUUGGAACAUGCGCUGCCGGAACAUGGGUAGGAUCAAUCGCUGCGCAGGAGCUUGUUCAAAAUGCUGAUGGAGUCGAGGAAUACAUCUGGAGGGGCGAUUACGGAGCAGGGCUUUGGAUUUUUUGGAUUGGAACUGGUUUUUUUCUUCCCGCAGCAGCUCUUGCUUUUGAAGGGGGCUUUGUUAAUCACAAGAGCGAACAAUACAAAAAACUCGAAGAAGAAUUCAACAAGAAGAUUCAGCAAUAA